AUGACCAAUCUUCGGCUAGCUGAGACUGCUCCGUAUUCGGAAGAACUACUUACCUAUGUGACGAAACUCUACCACUGGCAACCGUCCUCGUGUUUGGAUGCAGCCGCACAGAUUUUGCGCGCCUUUGUCGGAACCAAUCUGAUCAGUCAUUGGGACGAUCAAUUAGCCCGACUGUACAACAUGGCUCUAAGUGGCCAAUCAGAGACGGAUCAGCGAAAUCAGUUUUAUUCCGUUCGUUUCUCCCCCACCCCACCGUCCACUUGUGUGCUUGCCAAUUUCCGAUCGAGAUUAGUUGGAGUGCACAGCCUAGCGAACGAACUCAUUCGACGGCAUACUGAACGUAGCAAUCUUCUCAUCUCAAAGAGCAACAAUGCUCACGUAAGCUCUAUCGCCUCAUGGUCGGAGAAUACCGUUCAUCUGAGUCGAUCCCCGAUCACAGCGUGGAUUCGGUUUGCGCGUCAAUGGCGUGUUCCGUUACCGCUCACUUCACGCGCAUCGGUGAUCAAGUCCGAAUUGGCGCAGUUCUUCAAAUUAUUCGAGCAUAUUGUGCUUCAAAGCAUGGAAGUGUAUCGAUUGACCACGUGUUCUGAUCUCCAGUCAAAUAUUCUCAACCUACUCACACACCUGAUCUGUUUACGAUUGAAUUACGAACAACUGGACACCGGACAGCAAUUCCUAAAGACGGUUUUAAACCAUUGUCAAAGUUUGUCACUAGAGGUGCAACGUCAGGCUCGUUCGGCCACAUUCAAAUCUGUUUCGUUCGGAUUCAAACGUGGUCCGGACGAUACGUUCAUCGGCACCAGUGCGACACGAAUGCUUGCCUCCUCCACCGGUCCACAAAUUAACCAACAACGUUUGGUUCACGCCAUGUUUCGAUUUCUAGUCAGUUUGGCCUAUUAUCCACAAAAAACCAAACAGGUUGAACCGGUUUCACCCGAGCCGACCGCGGAAAAUAGUUCCAGUGCAUCUGCUACUUCGACGAAGUUGGUUGAAUUCGGUCAAGUCAUGCAUUUGGCUGAGACGUUGGUUGCGGAAGGUCUCGAUCCGGGCAGUGUGGUGCUGUCCUCCUUGGUCCCGAUUGUGGCCGAUCUGUACGUGAUCCAGAGACCGCUGAACGUGGCUCCUGUGAAGGAUUCUACAUCAUUGCCCUCGUCUCCCGAGCAAGCAGAAGUUCAACGUGAAGCUGUCCUUGGAUUCAUGUUACGCCGACUUGCUCACCUACCCGCCAGUUACGAUCAACUAUGCCUGAUUUUAGAGGAAGCUGCUUUGAAUCCGAACUCUGUCGAUGACGGUGACCCGAAUUCGACUGGUGAUCGGUUGUAUAAAGUGAUUGAGUCGGUAUUCAAUGCAAUUACGGCCCAUCUAGGCUCGGGUAUGGCCAUUCUGAACGAUCGGAAUGAUUUUAACGCACUUCUUCGGCUUUUCGAUCACAUUUUGUUGGCACUCACUUCACAACCUGUGACCAGUGUCGAACUCUGCACUAAAAUGAUCAAACGCCUAAAUGAUGUAAUCUGCACCGCUGCACAAACACGGCUCCGGCCUGAUGAUGUUCAUGAAAGUUCCAUCAGCUUCCGGAGAUGGGCUGUGAUACACGUGGCCUGUGCACGAUUCCUUCUCCACCUGAUUCGUCUGAUUCCUGAGGACAAGUCUUCCAGCCCGUCGUCCACGUGUACCAAUAUUGUAGACACCACUUGGAGUCAACCAUCCACACAAUGCCCGGGUUUAGGACAGCGCCAAAACACCGUAGACAAUCUGGAAAUGUUACGCAUAUUAUCACUUCCGCUAGAUGUGUUCCGCUGCAUUCUGCACAGAACGCUACAGCAUUUUUGCAGUCAUCCACAUCUGGCCACCUCACUCUCACUGCUCACACUGAACGAGACUGGACCCGGUUCGUCGGCUGGUUUACUUAUGCAACUGCUACUCUGUCAUCUGCUCACGUUGCUGGAUUUUGCCGAAUCCGCCAGUGUUUCUAUCCCCAGUUCGAAUGUCAUGCUGGCUAUGGACGACCUGAGCCUGGCUGUCUCUCCCCGAUCGGAUAUCGGUUGCUCCGUGAUCGGUAAGGAAACUGUGACUGAAGCGGUCCUUGUGAUGCAUCUCUGUAGCGCGUUGAAUCGUGGAGAGAAGUCCCCAACCGAACUGCGUGCGUUGUUGCAUCUUUUGACUGGCCCAUUACAUCCCAGUUUGACCGGGCGACAACUAGCCUUGCUGUGGGAUCAUUUUAUUGCUCCACGUAAUCCGCGUGGUUCGAAUGGGACCUGUUCUGGUUGUGUGCGAAAUCCGUUGCCUCUGGGUUUGCAAAACCAGGCCAUACAUGGCGCCUGUGUUCUGUUGGAACGACUUAUUCAGGUGGCCGCAGAUCAAACACAUGCUGCAGGGAUCGAAGCCAACUUGGAUUCGCGGGUAAUUUUUCUUUCUCUCUGUGACUCCCGUUCCAUUGGCUGUNUGAUGGAUUAUUGCACCCGGUUGCCGAAACGCCGAACGCUGCCAAGUCUGCUCGGAUUGCGGGAGUUGUUGGACCGGUUGGUUCAUACUAUGGCCCCGGGAGAAUUGUCACCGCGGCACGGGCGUGACGUUUUGGAUCCGGUACAUUCAGAAUCUGUUUUGGAUGUGGCCUCCGUGAUCAAGGUUAGUAGACAGUACUGGCACAAAUAA